AUGCAGUUCUCCACGCUUUUCCGAGUCGUAUUCCUUGCCGUUCUCGCCAUCGUAGCAUUGGCAGAUUACGAUGACAAUUCGGUUGGAACAAUUCCAAUUGCUGUCGAUUUGGAUUACUUCUCCAACUAUGUGAAGAAAGGAGGACCACAAGGACCUCUACGUUUCGGAAAACGACGUGGACCAUCUGGACCUCUUCGUUUCGGAAAAAGAUCAUCAUUCCACGCUGCUCCAGCUCCAGAAGACGUCGUCUCGUGGUAUCAGUGA